GAAGAUAUGAGAUCAGAAUGGUACCAGGGCUCUGAUCUUCAUGUAGGGACAUACAUUUAUUGAAUAUGUUAUCUAGUAGUAAAGUCAUAUGCUAUUCUCCCAAGGGGAGAGACUCUCAAACCUGGAGGGGGCAGGAGAAAAAGAACAGAGUGCCAAAAGCACAGGAAAACCCUUAAAGCCCGCUUCGCUAUCCACCGUUAGUGGUUCUGAAUAGUUCAUCUGCUAGGUCAGUGAGCCGAGGACCAUGGAACGAACCAUUCAUGUUCUGCUGAGAAUUCUGGUUUCAUCCUUCCUGAUCAACAAGGUGCAAUUCAAUCUCGAUAGUCCAAGCAGGAUAUAUUAUUUCCAUCUCAAGAACCUCUUAGGAACUCCAAGUCUGGUUGGUCCCUACUUGUUGUGUUUGCUAAGCAAGAAUUGUGGGCGUGACGAUUGUGGGCAUUAAGAAUCUGAGCCCCGCCGGUGGAGGACUCCGGUAUUUCAGGACCUUCAUCUUUAAGAUCCGCCCCCUCAACUUUUUGAAAGGGCGGGGCAAAGACAGCACCUGUCACCUCCUUCUCUCCACCCCGUUGGUUCUCACGUGUGUCCGCCUGUUCAAUAACAGCUCUUCUUCCGGGAUUUCCUGGUCACUGCAACCAAUCAGAGUGUUGUUCCCUUCCUUACCAUUGUCAGCCCGCUGCCAAUCGGCGCGCCUCUACAAACGCCCCUUAAAGGCGCCGCAAACGCCUCCGGAGCAGGGGCGAACCAAGUCCUGGGUUCCUGCCUUCAUCUGCAGUAUGGAGUCGUCCCUGGGGCGGCCUGGGCCGGAGACGGACCUUCUAGCUCUGAGGGGACAGCAAGCCGCGAUCUUUGACAGCGGGCGGGGCGGAACGCCCUCUGAGCCGCCCUCCGGCCUCCGGGUGUCGGGGGAGGAAGAGGCCAAGAACGUUGGGGGCUCGAGCCACCACACCAGGGCGUCCCCGAAGCCUUCGAGCUGCAGUGUAGUCCACCGGCCGGAACCGGAGGCUCUGGAGAACGUGCCUGGCCUCGCAGGGACGCCGUCUGGGGCGGGGAGCCGCCGAGGGGCGCCGGGUCCCGAACACGACUUGCACGGAUCCUCCCUGCGCAAAGACCCUGAGCCGCGGGAGGACCAGCCUGCAUCCGAAAGGGUCUGCCGUCGAGGGAGCGGGGGCGGCGGCGACAUGGAUGUUGAGCAGGAGGAGGAAGACGACGAGGAGGCGGCGACAACCGGCAGGGCUGGCCGCUCGUUCUCCGGCCGCCUUCAGGACAGCCGUAGCCUGGACGGGCUGAGUGGGGCGUGCGGUGGCGCCGGGUCCUCAGGGGGUGCGGAGUCUGGCGCGGGCGGCGGGCGUCGCGCCACCAUCUCCAGCCCCCUGGAGCUCGAGGGCACGGUGAGCCGCCAUGGUGACCUCACCCACUUUGUCGCCAACAACCUGCAACUCAAGAUCCGUCUGAGCGGCGCCCCUCAACCCCCGCCCCCUGCGCCCGUGCCGCCCUGUUCAGCGCCCGCACUCAUUCCAGCCAUCCCCCCCAUCGACCCUGAGGUGUUGCGGGACCUGGAGCGGCUCAGUAGGGAGCUGGGCGGCAGGGUGGACCGUCUGCUUCGCGGGCUGGGUGGCGCGGUGCAGGAGCUGACAGCGCUGAGCGUGGGCUGUAUCCAGACCUACCGCGACGCCGUGGACUCCCUAGGCGAAGCUGUGGACAUGAGCAUCAAGGGCAUGUACACCCUGCUGGCGCGCUGCGAGGAGCUGGAGCGGGCUCUGCAGCCGGUGCAGGGGCUGGCGCGCCAAGUCCGGGAUAUCCGACGCACCCUGGAGGUGUUGGAGGCCCUGUGCAAGUGACCAGGAGGGUAGGAGAGGCCAGGCCGGGCCAAGGCCCAGCAGAAUCCUAAGGACUCUUCAAGGAGCCCUAGUGGGAACUGCCCGCGGAGAGGAGGCCUAUAUAUUGGAAGCUCUUCCAAAUGCAUUUAGCAGGCCCGUGACCACUCGCUGGGCCUUAUGCAGGUGUAUAUGGGGAAGUUCUAAAGGCCCUCCUGGUUGGAGGGGAUGAUGCUCUGCUUCUAUUCAGUUGGCCAUCUAUAGCUACCUUGUUCUCCCCAACUCUUACCUAGCUACCGCACCGUCCCUAAGAACUCAGGUCUUCAGGUCUAGGCUUGGGAGACAGCCAUACGUGAUCAAGAAAGGAGAACAGAGGAGGCCCCAGCCCCCACUGUGGUCACCCUGAGUCCAGUGGCCACAUCUCAGGUGCCAGAGGCUAUGGGAGCUUGAGUGGUCCUUGACCACACACAAUGCAGACAAGGAUGCACACCUGCAGAUGGAUAACCUCUUGCUUCUGCCCUCUGGCCCCCACUAUUCCACUUCUUCAGCCAGAACCAGGGUGCAGCUAGAAGGAAUGCAUUGCAUGGUAAAGGGGGUGAGUUGGGAGGGGUCUCACUGCUCUCAGGUUUCAGAAUUGUUGCUGGUUUUGAAGCUUACCUGUUGUGGAGUGUUCUAAUCAGUUUUGGCUUUCUGAGUUUUUGUGGAAUUAAAGUGCUGCUGCUGCUAAGGCUGAGGCUGUGUCUGUGUGGAGUUACAGGGAUUAAUAAG